AUGGCGACAAUACCUCUGUUCGUCCAAUCGAUAAUCGUUCAAUUAACUAAUGGAAGACAAGUGACGCCCGCCAAUUCAGCUAUAAUGGCAUUAGCCACAAUUGCUGUAACAUUUCAAUUCAUUGGGCAAAAUGACGUUACUUAUGAUGACUACCUAGAUAAUCCAGUUUUUUUACUUUUUAAGCCAAGACUUGAAUUUGAUUUCAUCAUUGUUGGGACUGGAUCGGGAGGCAGUGCAAUGGCUGGACGGUUAUGUGAAGUGAAUAACUGGCAGGUGCUAUCGAUCGAAGCAGGCGAUAACCCAAUUCUUAACACUGAAGUACCGAAAUUUUUUACUCAUGCAUGGCGAUCACCAAACGACUGGAACUAUACUAGUAUUGAAAAGAGAGCAUGUCUAUCUCAGUUUGGUGUGUGCUAUCUCCCGCGUGGGUGCAUGGUCGGUGGUUGUGCAUCAAUAAAUGUAAUGUUCUUUGUUCGUGGAGCCUAUGCUGAAUACGAUUUAUGGGAGACUAAAUUUAACUGUACUGGUUGGGGUUUCAAAGGUGUUUUACCGUAUUUCAAGAAGUUUGAAGGCAAUCGACACAACUGGGGUAAUGAUUAUCACAAUCAAACAGGGAAAGUGUGCAUUGAUUUCUACGAAAAAGCACCAUAUAUUAAUUUCUUUGCAAAAGCAGGCGCUGAAAUGGGCUAUCCAACUAUAUCUGAUAUUAAUGGUCCCGAAAAUCCAUAUACUAAUCCUGCUUAUUGCGAGAUCCAGGGAACAGUAUGCAAUGGCCGUCGUUCUGGCACCAAUAAAGCAUAUAUAAUUCCACUUAAGAGAAAGUCAAAUUUUAAACUGAUCAAAAAUGCGAUCGUCACGAAAAUAUUAUUCAAUGGAAACCGGGCGAUUGGUGUCGAAUUCGUUAGAUAUGGCAUAACGUAUAAAGCAUAUGCCAGAAAAGAAGUGAUUGUAUCUGCUGGAGCUUACGGAUCGCCAAUUUUGUUGCAGCUAAGUGGAAUUGGUGAUCCGGCUAUAUUGAAGAAAAACCAAAUCCCGGUAGUAGCUUCAUCGCCACAAGUGGGAAAGAAUAUGGCUGAUCAUGUCUGUGUUUAUAUGUGGUAUUCAUUUCCAUUAAUUCAAGAUUAUAUGUCUGUGCCGGAAGUGGGCCGAAAUAUUACACUUUAUUACAGGAAUCCAAGAGCGGGCUAUUUUGCUCAGAUAAGCACUUUGCCAACGAUUGGAUUUUUGAAUACCACAGUGGGUGGUCUUGCUCAUAUUGAAUGCUUUCACUAUUUGUUUUUUAAGAAUUCUGUGGAGCUUCCGGAGUUUCUAAGAACAAUGUUUUAUAAAGAUGCUGUAAACAAAGCAAUUUUGGCCGCAAAUAACAUUGGCGCUGUGGCAUUGGUGAUGCCGUCGCUUUUGAAUCCACUUUCACGAGGUCAUUGUUUACUUAAUGGAACCAAAGGAGUUGAAGCCUUCAAGGAAUUACCCAUAUUUAUGAACUAUUACUCAGAUUCUAAGGAUGAAGAUAGAAACAUCAUGAUAAAAGCCGUAAAAGAUCAAAGGGCACGAGAGAAAACAGAAACUUAUCAGAGUGUUAACGCAUCUCUGAUAAGAAUGCCCGAUUGUUUCAAUUUUGAUUUAGAUUCAGAUGAAUUUUACAAUUGUUUUAUUGAUCAAUUCAGCGCAAGCAUAUGGCAUCCAGCCGGUACAUGUCAAAUGGGCCCAGAUCCGGCGACAGCAGUAGUUGGCACCGAUUGCAAAGUGCACGGUGUUGCAAAUGUGAGAGUGGUAGAUGUAUCCAUAACGCCGAAAUUGCCUUGGGGUAACACAAACUCACCGGGCAUAAUGAUUGGAGAAAAGUGCGCUGACCUUUUGAAGAAAUCUUAUGGCGUAACUAUUGGUGUUACAUCGUAA